UGCAGCGGAAGAGUCGCAUUCGGAUUGGAAGAGAAAGAAGAAGAAGAUGCCGAUCCCUCGAAUCGCCGUUGGAACUCAGGAGGAAGCGACUCACCCGGGCACGCUCAAGGCCGCGCUCGCCGAGUUCAUCUCCACCCUCAUCUUCGUUUUCGCUGGCCAAGGCUCCGGCAUGGCCUUUAGCAAGCUGACGGGCGGCGCAGCCACCACUCCGGCGGGCCUCAUCGCGGCAGCCCUAGCGCACGCCUUCGCCCUAUUCGUGGCCGUGUCCGUGGGCGCCAACAUCUCUGGUGGCCACGUGAAUCCGGCCGUAACCUUCGGCGUCUUCAUCGGCGGCAACAUCACCCUCCUCCGCAGCAUCAUAUACUGGAUCGCACAGCUCCUCGGCUCCACCGUCGCGUGCCUCCUGCUCCGCUACUCCACCGGCGGCCUGUCCACGGGCAGCUUCGCUCUCUCCGGCGUCAGCGUGUGGGAGGCGCUCGUGCUGGAGAUCGUCAUGACCUUCGGCCUCGUGUACACCGUGUACGCGACGGCGGUGGACCCCAAGAAGGGUAGCCUGGGCACCAUUGCGCCCAUCGCCAUCGGCUUCAUCGUGGGCGCCAACAUCCUGGCCGGCGGGGCCUUCGACGGCGCGUCCAUGAACCCGGCCGUGUCCUUCGGCCCCGCCCUGGUGAGCUGGUCCUGGGACGACCACUGGGUCUACUGGGCCGGACCCCUCAUCGGCGGCGGCCUCGCCGGUCUCGUCUACGAGUUUUUCUUCAUCUCCCACACUCACGAGCAACUCUCCUCCGCCGACUACUGAGACGCCACCCUCUUCUUCUUGUCUACGUUGUGCACCUCCACUUCUGCGCAUUCAAAAGCUGGCCGUAAAAAGCCCACCCCUUUUGCGUCCUCGUCUCUGUGGCUUCUCUUCUCCUCGUGUAAUCUUGGUCCUCUGUUCCUGGAUCUGGCUCUCUAAUCCAUCUUUAAGUUUAUCUCCAUCCUCCAUGUAAUGUUUUCUUUUGUGUGCAACGGUGAGAACAGCUAAAUGCCCA